UUUUUUGAGGAGGAGAGUCCAUAAGUGUCAUUAGGUUUUCAAAGGGAUCCCUGAUCCCGGCUUUAAAUGGAAAUGUCUUUUUGGGCAGGGCCAACCACCUCCCCCUCGGUAGAACCUCCCACAGAUCUUUGUUUAAUCUCCCAGCCUCUGGAUUUUAGAGGUGAAACGGAUUGGGAGCACCAGCCAGCUGCCUCAGUUGACAGAUGUGGCCGGGAAGUGACCUACAGUGUAAGCGGAGACCCAGGCCCAGGAGCCAGAGCACUUUUGUGACCUUGGGCAGUUGCUUAGCCUCUCCUGCCUCAGCGUCUUCAUGUGCAGAGUGUGGAUAACAAGUCUAGUAGUCCCUGUUUCAUAGGGUUUCAUGAAGGUUAAGUGAGAUAGCCCUUUUAAAUGCUUAACACAGUUCAUGGCACAUAAAUGCCAAAUGAUUGUUAGCUACCUCCCCACUAAUUAGCUGUCACGUCUGGUUAGCUGUAGAGCUGUUUUAUACUACCUCAGAAUUCUUUUGCCUAAAUAAAGUCUUAAACCUUUUAUCCUUGCCUUAAAAAGGUAAUAGUGUUUUAGUUAAGAGACCCGUCAGUGAAGGAAGAAAAGAAAGGUGGUGGUAAAAGUAUAAAUAGGUUUGGGUGAUCUUUGGUAAAAAGACUGAAGGAACUUUAUUAUUUACCCUAAUCAUUUUUUCUCAUAACUCAGCAGUUUAUACUAGUCAUUCAUUCAGCAACCGUUUAUUGAGCACAUACUGCCCAUCAGACUGGACGCAAGGGAUAUGUUAAUGUUCAAACAAAGAAAAUGGGAAUUUUGGUUACUUCAAAGAUCCCUAGUUUCUGGCGCAUGGUAAUUGGCAUUCAGUAGAUUCAUUGAAGGAAGCUGAUGAGAUGGGCAAACAUUGUUACAGGAGAGAUUCUGUUCAGUUUCAGUAAAGCUGUUAGUCGUCUGGAUAGGUAAAUACAGAACUCAUCACGCAGAUGUUGGCUUCACAUCCCCGAUGGCAAAAGAAUUCUCAGCGUGGAUGUGUCAAGGUCGGGGACGGAGAGAGAUUGACUAGUUGAAAUCCCCAAAGGAAUCAACCUUUAUUUGGGUUCUAGUCUGCUCUAGUCUUGACAGGGAGUCACAAAACCAGCAGACUUCAGCUCUGCUUCCAGCCCUUCUAGACCUCCUUUCCUCAUUCCCCCCCCUCCUUAACCAUAGGGAGGAACCCAGACCACACAGUGGACCAUCUGCCCAGGGGACCUCCCAUGGGAGCUGCUGACUUGCCAUGUCAUGCCUAUCUCCUUGCUUAGAGCAGAAGCCAGCCUGGAAUGUCCAGAAGGCCAUUCAGCAUCUCCAGUAGGGGCUGGGUCCAUAUAACGUGUCCAAGCCAGCCCACGCUAUAAAACUCUGAGGGAGCUUUAUUGAUAAGUCAGCAGUUCAGCUUUUAUCAAAGAGUUGGCAAAACUUACAGUCAUUGUGUGUCUUCACUAUUGGACAAAGUGGGAAAGAACAUGGGCAUCAAGGCUGCCUGAUACUUUGAGUAGAAGCAGUGGGGUCUGAUGACUUACCUGCGAGGUAGGUCAGCUAACAGCACCGACCCCCACCUGGGAUCACCUCCCACCUUGCUGGGAGUCUGGGCAUAGGAACAGUGCCUGGCAUUGACAAAAUUCUGUUCUGUUGUUUUCCAGAGUUUUGUUUUAUUAAAGAAUGCUCAGACAACUCAGUGAGGUAACAGGGUAUGUCAGAUUAUUGUCCUCAUCUUAUAGAUGAGGCCACAGAGAACACAGUGGUCAAAUGACUGGGCCAGGGUGACCAGGCAGCGAUAGGUGUGGACAGGCCUGAGAGCCAAGUGUUCUAAUUCAAGGCCAGUACCCUUUCUCCUCUCCGACACUACGACUCAUAAGAUGGUACUCAUGGAAAGUAUAUUGUGCAAAGGAAAUUGUCUCUGUGAAGAGCAGAAGGUGGUAUAACCAUCUUUUAUUCUUAGUUAAUGGUUUUGUAAUUAAUCUCUGAAUGAGUGCUAGACUUUUAAGAAAAGGUUCAUAUCCAUAGAGCACAUUGCUUCUAGUGCUCUUUUAAUGUGGGUAUCUUUGGCAUUUAUUUUGCCAGCUGGAGACUGUGGCCUUCACUCUUGCCCUUUUGUUGAACACAGGUCCAGCAACUGGACAUGGAGACCCAACGCUCAUCGCCACUGUCGUUCCCCAAUGUCCUGCCAGAAGAAACGCCGCGGCAAGCCCCUGCUGGACUGCCCCGAGAAGCUCUGUUCCAGUCCCGAGUUCUUCCCCCAAAAGAAACUCCUUCGUCUCCCUCCAUUCCCCGGCAAGGUUCCCUAACCCUCACUCCCAAGCAAGAGACCUCCGGCCGGAUGCCGCACAUCCUCCAGAAGGGACCCUCGCUCCUCUAUCCUGCCGCCUCUGAGCAAGAGACACAGCUCCAGGGCCCCCUGACCUCCCAGGAAGAGACCCAGUAUCUACCCCCAGCUGCUGCUGAACAAGAAAUCUCACUGCUCUCUCACUCCACCCACCACCAAGAAGCCCCACUCCACUCCCCUGAAGUUCCUGAGAAAGACCCCCUCACCCUCUCCCCCACAGUUCCCGAGGCCGACAUGGACCCCCUGCUCCAGAGCCCAGUUUCCCAAAAGGAGACCCCCUUCCACACCUCUUCUGCAGCCGAGAAGGACACGCCACUCCCAACGGCAGAGAUCACCCGCUUGGCCGUGUGGGCUGCCGUCCAAGCGGUGGAGAGGAAACUAGAGGCCCAGGCCAUGCGGCUGCUGACGCUGGAGGGACGGACGGGAACAAAUGAGAAAAAGAUAGCCGACUGCGAGAAGACGGCCGUGGAGUUUGCAAACCACUUGGAGAGCAAAUGGGUCGUGCUGGGGACCCUGCUGCAGGAAUACGGGCUGCUGCAGAGGCGGCUGGAGAACAUGGAGAACCUGCUGAAAAACAGAAAUUUCUGGAUCCUGCGACUGCCCCCAGGCAGCAAUGGAGAAGUUCCCAAGGUCCCUGUCACAUUCGAUGAUGUCGCCGUCCAUUUCUCGGAGCAGGAGUGGGGGAACCUGUCCGAGUGGCAGAAGGAGCUGUACAAGAACGUGAUGAGGGGCAACUACGAGUCUCUGGUUUCCAUGGACUAUGCAAUUUCCAAACCAGACCUCAUGUCACAGAUGGAGCGAGGGGAGAGGCCGACCAUGCAGGAGCAGGAAGACUCAGAGGAGGGCGAGCCGCCUGCAGACCCCAGUGCUGCCCACGACGGCAUCGUGAUUAAGAUCGAGGUGCAGACCAAUGACGAGGGCUCGGAGAGCUUGGAGACGCCAGAGCCCCUGAUGGGACAGGUGGAAGAGCACGGCUUCCAGGACUCGGAGCUGGGCGACCCGUGUGGGGAGCAGCCAGACCUGGACAUGCAGGAGCAGGAAAACACGCUGGAGGAGUCCACGGAAGGCUCCGGCGACUUCAGUGAGCUCAAGCAGAUGCUGGUGCAGCAGAGAAACUGCACAGAGGGCAUCGUGAUCAAAACCGAGGAGCAGGAGGAGGAGGAAGAGGAGGAGGAAGACGACGAGCUGCCGCAGCACCUGCAGGACCUCGGUGAGCUGUCGGGCAGGUACGGCGCCAGCAUGUACCAGACCCCGCUGCCCGGGGAGCUGUCCCCCGAGGGCGAGGACAGCCCCCCGCCCCUGCAGCUGGGAAACCCGGGGGUGAAGAGGCUGGCCCCCGUGCCCCACGGCGAGCGGCACAUGAGCGACAGCCGCGGCGCGGCGAGCCAGCAGCAGCGACACCGGCGCGGGGAGCGGCCCUUCACCUGCAUGGAGUGCGGCAAGAGCUUCCGCCUGAAGAUCAACCUGGUCAUCCACCAGCGCAACCACAUCAAGGAGGGGCCCUACGCGUGCGCCGAGUGCGAGAUCAGCUUCCGGCACAAGCAGCAGCUCACGCUGCACCAGCGCAUCCACCGCGUCCGGGGAGGGUACGUGUCUCCGGAGCGCGGGCCCGGCUUCGCCCCCAAGCACACGCUCAAGCCUCGCCCCAAGUCACCCAGCUCGGGCAGCGGCGGCGGCCCCAAGCCCUACAAGUGCGCCGAGUGCGACAGCAGCUUCAGCCACAAGUCGAGCCUGACCAAGCACCAGAUCACGCACACGGGCGAGCGGCCCUACACGUGCCCCGAGUGCAAGAAGAGCUUCCGCCUGCACAUCAGCCUGGUCAUCCACCAGCGCGUGCACGCGGGCAAGCACGAGGUCUCCUUCAUCUGCAGCCUGUGCGGCAAGAGCUUCAGCCGCCCCUCGCAUCUGCUGCGCCACCAGCGGACUCACACGGGCGAGCGGCCCUUCAAGUGCCCCGAGUGCGAGAAGAGCUUCAGCGAGAAGUCCAAGCUCACCAACCACUGCCGCGUGCACUCCCGCGAGCGCCCACACGCCUGCCCCGAGUGCGGCAAGAGCUUCAUCCGCAAGCACCACCUGCUGGAGCACCGGCGCAUCCACACGGGCGAGCGGCCCUACCACUGCGCCGAGUGCGGCAAGCGCUUCACGCAGAAGCAUCACCUGCUGGAGCACCAGCGCGCGCACACCGGCGAGCGGCCCUACCCCUGCACGCACUGCGCCAAGUGCUUCCGCUACAAGCAGUCCCUCAAGUACCACCUGCGGACCCACACGGGCGAGUGAGCUGCCCCGCGCGGCCGAAGCCCAGCCUGCCGGCCGGAGGCCUGAGCCCAGCAGGCGGGGCUCCCCCAGCCCCUUUGCUGUGAGCCCCCCCUCUCCUUUCGUCCCUCCUCCCAAGGACACAGGGGUCCUGAGACCAGGUCGCUUGCUGCGGUGUUUACCCGGGGCUCCAGGGGUGGGGAGAGCUCGGACCUGGGGAACCCCUUCGGGCUGUUAAUUUCCUUGACAAUAAAAUGGAUGAAACCAAUCAGCACGGGGGGCGUGAUUUGGCCGCCGGCCACUCGGAGGGGCGGUGCAGGGCCACUUAGUUGGGGAUAGAACUUUAUAAUUACCUUUUGGAUACUGUGGUUCUAUUUGAUAAUAAUAGAGUAAUUUUUAAAAGA